AUGGUUGAACGCAUUAUGGAGGAGAGUUGUGACGUGAAUUCCGAUCCAACGCGCAAACCCGAUGUCGCGCGCUACAGCAGCGAGGAGGUGUCGGGGAACGAGGCACGCGUGCUGUCCGAAGCCGAACGGCAGGCCGACUUCAACCGGCACAAGGAGGAGAUGAAGCGCAAGCGGCGCCGAAAGAAACGCACCAGUUCGUCGAUGCAGUCGUCAUGUUUUCAAGAGCUGUACAAGCUGACCGGUGAGGUGCUGGGCGAGGGUGCGUACGCGUCGGUCCAGACAUGCAUCAACAUCUACACCGAGCUGGAGUACGCGGUGAAGAUCAUCGACAAAAUUCCGGGACAUGCGCGCGGUCGCGUCUUCCGCGAGGUGGAAACGUUUCACCACUGCCAGGGGCAUCCGAAUAUCUUGCAGCUGUUAGAAUUUUUCGAAGAUGACGAAAAGUUCUAUCUAGUGUUCGAGAAGAUUAACGGCGGGCCACUGCUCACGCGCAUCCAGGAGAAUGUGUGCUUCUCCGAGUACGAUGCGGCCCAGAUCAUCAAGCAGAUCGCGUCCGGGUUGGAUUUUCUGCACAAGAAGGGCAUCGCCCACCGGGACCUGAAGCCGGAAAACAUUCUGUGCAUCUAUCCCGACAAGCUCUGCCCGAUCAAGAUCUGCGAUUUCGAUCUCGGCUCCGGGAUCAAGUUUACCACCAACAUCUCGUCGCCGAAUGCCACGCCGCAGCUUUUAACGCCGGUCGGUAGUGCCGAAUUUAUGGCCCCGGAAGUUGUCGAUCUGUUCGUCGGUGAGUCGAACUACUACGACAAACGUUGUGAUCUGUGGUCGCUCGGGGUGAUCGCGUACAUACUGCUGUGCGGCUAUCCGCCCUUUUCGGGCAACUGUGAGCAGGAUUGCGGUUGGAACAGGGGUGAAAACUGUCGCACCUGUCAGGAAUUGUUGUUUGAAUCGAUUCAGGAGGGACGAUACUGCUUCCCCGAUGCCGAAUGGCAGGAUGUGAGCGAAGAGGCGAAGGAUCUGAUCCGGGGACUGCUAGUGAAGGAAGCGCCGAAGCGUUUAAGUGCCACGGCCGUACUGAACCACCCGUGGAUUCGUAUCAGUGACGAUACGGAGUGUUCGGUCAGUGGUAUUAAUACGAAGGCGAAUAAGGAUAAGCAGCGUUGCCGGGUCCUGAAAACGCCAGGUGUAAUUCGAAGGAACCAAUCUGCGCUCGAGCUGUCUCAUUUUGCGGAAUCGGCCAUGGCUGUCAAACGGGUUAUAAUGCAACACUUUUCCAUGCGCUAUGACUACAUGACGAAGGAACGUCCCAACAUCUAUCAACCGUCGUACAAUGGAGGUGUGGAGCGAGCUCCGUUGGUGAUGUCUGGCGAAACGAAACCCACAAUGGUCGAGGCGACCAAAAAGUCGGCGAACUACAGCGAUACUGAACCGACAAUGCCGCGAACGGAACAACCCAAAGUAGGAGUAUGUGACGAAGAUGAGAAAUUAAAGGCAACAUAUGAAGCGAAGGGAACAUGGGAAAUGAUCACAAACCUAGCUGAGAUGGAAGAGCGAGAGAAGGAUAAGGAAGGUGAUAGAGAUAGCUACCAAAACGUUUCCAUCGAAUGCCAGAACGUAGCCGGAACGAAUGGAGCAGAACCUGUUGCUACCAUUGAGAACGUUGCAAACCAAACCGGUAAUGCCGUUGUGGGAGCUGCGACUAUCGAAAUCGUUGUGAAUAGUACGUCUUCCGGCAUUGAUGGUGAGACCAGUGCCACCAACAACAGCACCAUCGCCAUUAGCCCCAUCGCCAAUGGGCACGAUGAAAGCGGCACCAGUACCAACGUGGCCCAGUGCGAGAAACAGUCGCUACAGCAGGAGACUAGUGACGAAGAAUUGCAAAAUUCCGAUCCACCGAAAACAACUUCCGACGGCGGCGAUGAUUUGUUGCGCGAUAAGGCGGUGGACAAUAAAGACGGAAGGCCAGAGAAGACGGUGGUGGUGACAAUAUUACCACAAACCCGAGUAUCGCCCACAACGUCCGCGUUGUCAUCGCCGGUACAUAGUAGCGCCGUGCAUUCAAAGGACAAUGCUGCUGCAAGAAAGGCCAGUGGAAGUUGGGACAUUCCUCCCGAGUCAAACUGGCGGUAUCGUGGAGCUAAUGCGAACGAUCAGCAGCAACAGAGUCCGUCCACGUACGAGUACAACAGUCGCAGUCAACAGGCGCACAAUUACCGGCAUGCUGGUACGGCGUUCGGGUCAAGCUACAAGGGCGGUCGCAGUGGCCACUAUCAUUCGCAUCCGCAGCAUUAUCAUCAUCAUCAUCACCAGAGCAACAAUGGGCACUAUAACAACCACCAUCAUCACAACAACCACCACUGGCAUCCGUCGGCAACGUCGUCUAAUCGGCAGCAAAAUGGUGGCCAUCAUAAUUACCACUCCUUGUCGCAUGGUGGUGGCAGCCAUUACAACAACCAUAACCAUUACAACAACAAUGGCAACACCACUGCACGAUAUGGGCGCGUCGCGAGAGGAGGUGGCAAUAAUGGCGAACCAUUUGAGAACGGUGUGGAAAUUCGCCCGAGCAUGAUGAAGCAAAGACAGUCGCAGCAUCAUGCGUAUAACCAUCAUGCUAAUCACGGUUCUUCGCCUUCUGUGUCGUCCUGGCGUGCGCAACCAUCGUCGCCGUACGUUAACCGGUACGGCGAUGCGUCCACAGAUGAGGUAGAAAACUAUCGCUACAGCAAUGGUAAGAACAGCAGCGGUAGCGUAAUGGUGACUGCAACACAGUCACACUACGGCAACGGCAAAAUCAGCAGCAAUCCGACUAACUUUAAUCACCAUCAGUACAAUCGUGGAGGAACCAAUAAUAAUAUUAGUAAUAAUACUAGCAACGUUAGUAGUAACGGAAGCGGCGGUAGUCAUCAUCCGAUUCGGAUGAACAGUGGCAACAGUAGCCAUCAAAGUCAGUACCACCAUCAGCAGCAGCAGCAGCAACAGCAUCAUCACCACGGUGCAAUCAACAACAACGGUUCCAACAACCAUUUUUAUUCGAAUGGCACCGGUGCCGGUGGUGGUAUGGGACACUAUAAUUACGGUAAUAACCAUCAUUACGGUACCGCUAACGGUCAUGGUGGUCACCAGCAGCAUAAAUCGUUGCCAUAUCGUGCGGUGGUGGUACAACACCAUCAUCAUCAUCAGCAGCAGCAGCAGCAGUACCAAAAUCAGCGCUAUUCUUCAGCAUCGUCCUUCGGUGGAAUGCGGCGUCCUUCGCAUGGUCUGAUCGACACGGUUGACGGUACCGGAGGGACUGCUGGUACGAAAGGAGCAGGAGCAAGACGGGGCAGCAUUGGUCAGCAGCAGCAUCCAACAUUACCAAUGCAGCGUCCGUCUGCUCAGCAACAACAACAUCAGCAGCAGCAGCAGCAGCAGCAGAGUAGGAGUAAUGUUAACUGUGAUCCAACUACAAAUACUAUGAAUAGAUAUAAGCUUUAUCAUUCUAACUCGACCACUAUCCUGAGCGCUCUCAAGCGGGAAACACGCAACAACGGAUACCAGUCGAUGAUGGUCGGUGGGUUCGAGGGGUUGAACCUAAACGGCGGAGGUGCAUACACCGGCGACCAGUACCAGCUGGCCGACGAAGCCGAAGAGGCUGGAACACUGGAGCCACCGUACCAUCUGAUACCUCAUCGCAAAGAGGAGGAGCAACGGGAUGCGAUCGAUAACAUCGACGAAGCUGUUUACAGCAGCAGCUCGAGCAGCAACACCAGCAGCCACAGUGGUAACAGCAUCGUCAAUGGUAACGUAACGACCACUACGAUGGCGGCCCUUGGUACAGGUGGGGCCGGGAUCAUUGCUGAGUUUACGAUGGCCGACGGGCUUCCGGUUGGACUUUCGCCGCCGAACGAAAGUCUGCUAAUGCAACGUCGCCUGUCGCUUAAGUCGCGCAGCCUUUGCCUGCCAGUUGCAAUCGGUAUGAAAGGUGGCAGAACACCGUCGCUGGCAGUGUCCUCAAUGUUGCCACCGUCGGGCGAUGAAUUUUCUGCUUGUUCCCAGACCGGUCAGCAGCAGGAGCAAGAAUCACCGCUGUCUUCGCCGGAGCAACUGCUGCAGGGCGAUGAGGACGCUGGGUGUCCGAUGUUUGUCACCGGUCGGCAUGAUGCAGGAGGAUACUAUACGUACUAUCCGCAUAAUGGCACAGUCGUUGUCGCCGGCGCGACACCAACGCUUACCAUUACCACACAGAGUGGUUAG